AUGGACGAUCCGGGCUUGUCAUGGCCGGCCUGGAAAUUCGGCAUGAAGAGGGAUGACCUCUUUCAUACUCUACACGAAAAAUACAACACCUUUACCUUUAACCUCCAAGACCCCGAAGCCUUUCAUCACGACGUUUACGAAAUUUCCCGCGAUGCCGAUACCAUCGACGAUUUCCAUCGCUUGCUGGAUGAGCGAAAGCAACAGCGGAUUCACGAACUCCACGAGUCUCUCGAAUCUCUCGCUGUUGAGAUCAUCGCCAACCCCAAGUUGAUGGAUUCUGAACAUUGGCAGUACGCCCUUCAACUCUUCCGGACCAAGUCUUUCGACUCGAUCGUCCGUUAUUUUGCAAGCUACCUACCCGAACAAUAUCUUGAUCACAACGACCGUGAUCAUGAUGCUAUUUCUAUUGCUUCCUUAUCCUCCUUCUCUGAGACCAAUAGCGUCAAGACCGAGAGCACCACGGCCAGCAGCGUCGAUGAUGCCUCUAGUUUCUUUGAUGAUGAGCCUAUCUUGACAAAGGGUCCCCUCUCGAUCCAUACCGACAUUCGAUCAUCAUCUGUUGUUCAAGCGCCCCCCUCGCCCCCCCAUUCCGAGGCAGCGCACGGCGAUGAGUCUUCUGUUUCCUCUCCUACUUCCGUAGAGUCGCACGAAUACUCCACCCCCCCUUCACGUUCCAUGUCGUUUUCUGGUUCCGAGACAGCUGAAGCUAUCUCUGACGUCAGAUCACUCGUUCACGACGAAGAUGAGACCUCGCAGUUCGAUGACGGCGACUUUGCGGUCGCCUCGGAUUCUGAUUGCGCAGAGAGCCAGUCGUCACUGGACGUAAUGGAUGACGGGGAACAAUCUAAUGACAAGUAUGAGGAUGAUCUAGAGGAGGAGGAUGAUUUUCCUACUACUCAAUUUCCUGAAGAUGCUAGCGACGGUUGCGAUUUCUAUGACGAUACCCCAAAUUUCGAUGACACACCGACUCCCCGACAGGAGUCUAUCGCGCCCUGCUAUAUUGAGUACAAGUCUGUCGCGGCAUGGAGAAUACCUUCUCCUCGUCGUUCAACCUCCCCCUCUCCACGAAGCCACCAUCCCUACCGCCGCGAAGGCUCAAGCCUGAAGGACAUCCGCCGAAGUCCUGAGGAGUCGAUGAGCAAAAUUCAGAAACCGAUGCAUGAGCAAAGGAAAAGGCCGACGUUUAGGAAACGGCUUGAUUAG